AUGGGUCCUGACGCGAAAGACAUCGCAUGGAAUGCCGACGUAGAGGCACUUCUCCAGACCGCCGAGCCCCUAUUUGCACAGGGCAAAAAAGUCGUCUUGAUUGGGCACUCGUACGGCGGCAUUCCGGCCUGUAUAGCGACGCGCGAAAAUGGCGUUGCUGAACGGCACGCUAGAGGCUUAGACGGCGGAUUCCUUCAAAUUGUUUUGCUCUGUGCUUUUGCGAUGCCAUCCAAGGGCAUUAGUCAGGUAGAGCUGAUGCAACACCAGCUGCCUCCUUGGCAGGAUCACGUCACCGAGUCCGGAUGCAUCGUAAGACUGCUGGGAGCCCCUGACUUUGUGGCGUUUGGCCUAACGAUUGAACAGAAGCUCGUGGUAAACGAGAAGGCGAAGGGCCUCUUAUAUAACGACUUGUCCACAGAGAUGGCGGAGACAUAUUUUAGCGCCUUGCUGCCCCAGUCUCAUGUUGCUCUGGAAAAGCCGGUCGAUUUCGCGGUUCCCGACAUCACCAUUCCGAAGACAUAA